AUGAAGAAGGGCAAGAGGCAGAAGUCAGAGGCCAGGCGCCGAGGCUCCACCUCCCAGCGCGCCAGCUCCGAAUCCAGCCCUCAACAGCAGAGCUCGGAGUCCAGUUCACAGCAGCCCAUCUCCAGAUCCAGCCCACAGCCGCCCAGCCCCCGGCCCACCUUGCAGCUGUCCAGCCCGGGACCCACCCCGCAGCCAACCAGCUCUGGAGUCACCUCACAGCCCAGCAGUGAAUCCACCGCCCCGCAGCCUGUGCCCCAGGCUCUCCCGGCUCCCGAACUCAGCCGCUUGGCUCGGGGCGUCGUGUCUCCGGACACUGACACAAAAGCAUCCCCUCGAUCCAGGAAAACAGCAGGGCCUGUGACGCGAGCGGGCCCGCGCGCCUUCUGUUCCUGUUCCGCUUGCCCCGGCAGCUCUGCUUACUGGUGCCGUCUAGGCCUGUGCCAUAGCCGCAUCUUCGAUGUCCUUCUGCCCCGGGCCUGGCCGACCAUGCCAGGGAGAGGAUUCCCAAACUUCCUCACCUUCUACAGAAGACCUGCAAGUAAACAUUCCACUCAUCGUAAUUCGUGUGCUCCGAGCCCUCGGGACUGUUGCUGUGGCUCUGGGAGCCCUGGGAGCUGCCUACUACAUCACUGAAUCCUUGUGAACAAGUCCCCAGGCCUGCGGUCCAGCAGCCCUCUGCUAUCCAGCUGCCUGGAACACAGAGGUAAUGGCUGGAGCUUUAGCUGCCAGUUUGAAUCAUGAAGAAGAGAUGGGGGAAUAGUGAUCUGGAAUGCAACCUGAGUCUUCAAAGACCUAGUAAAACAGAACUACUACAUCAGCCAUGAAC